AUGCUCCGCCAGCUCACGUCGUCGUCCAUCACCCGCGCGCACAGGCGCCACUUGUCCCGCGCGUCGUCCUCCGUGUCCCUCACUAUCCCCGGACUGUCUGCUGACGUGCGUCACGACUGGACGAAAGAGGAAGUGCAGAGCGUGUACGACCAGCCGCUGCUGGAGCUCGUAUACAAGGCCGCCACGGUGCACCGCAUGCACUUUGACCCGACGGAAGUGCAGCAGUGCACGCUGCUGUCGAUCAAAACCGGUGGCUGUACCGAAGACUGCAGAUACUGCUCCCAGUCGUCUCGGUACAAGACGUUCGUCAAGCCCGAGCCAACGAAAAAGGUUGACGAAGUGGUUGAGAUGGCACGACGUGCAAAAGCAGCUGGCAGUACCCGGUUCUGCAUGGGCUCUGCGUGGCGUGAAGUGGGCAAGAAGAACGCUUUUCAGCACAUUCUGAACAUGGUGCGGCAAGUCAAGGCCCUGGAUCUUGAAGUGUGCUGCACGCUCGGGAUGCUCACGGAAGAGCAGGCCGUGCAGCUCAAGGAAGCGGGGCUGUCUGCCUAUAACCACAACUUGGAUACGAGUCGAGAGCAUUAUGCCAAAGUCGUGACAACGCGCACGUACGAUGACCGUCUCGAGACCAUUGCAAACGUGCGUCGCGCCGGGAUUUCCGUCUGCUGCGGCGGGAUCUUAGGGCUUGGCGAGGAGAAGGUGGACCGCAUUGGGCUCUUGCAUACGCUGGCUACAAUGGACGAACACCCCGAGUCCGUGCCCAUUAAUGCCUUGGUGUCAGUGGAAGGCACGCCGCUGUUUGACGACGACGUGGCGCCUGUCACUGCGUCGGACAUGGCGCGGAUGAUUGCAACGGCACGCAUUGUGAUGCCCAAGACUAUGGUGCGGCUGAGUGCAGGUCGCAUGUCGUUCACGGACUCGGAGCAGGGGAUGAUGUUCAUGGCUGGUGCCAACUCGAUCUUUAACGGCGACACGCUGCUGACGACUGCCAACCCGGCGUUUGAAAAGGACAAGAUGCUUUUCGAGAGCUUUGGACUAAAAGGGAAGCCGGCGUACCAAGCGCACAAGUCGACGCCGUAUAUCGUCAAAGUGACGCACUCGGUGCCAGCGAUGAAGGAGGCCGUUGCAUGA